AUGUACCACCUCUCCGCGGUGAUGGGGAUCAACGACCAUUUAUGGCGGCAACGUCAUAAAUCCAAGGUCAUCGUCAACAGACUAGAGAAGCAACUCGACAACUUCCAACCGCCUUCGCAGGCUGGCUUCCGACGCAACUACUCUUGCCUCGACCACAUUCACGCCUUGACCCAGGUGGUGGAACGGCACCAGGAGCACCAGAUGCCACUUGCGUUGGCCUUCGUCGACUACUACAAGGCAUUCGACAGCGUGGAGAUCAACGCCGUCUUGAAUGCUCUUGCCUCCGCCGGAGUCGCCACGAAGUACGUCGAGCUGAUCGCCAACAGCAACGAGGGAACGUCCACGACCAUCCAGCUGUUCGACAAGAAGCUUUCGAUCCCCAUCAGGAAAGGUGUUCGCCAGGGAGAUACCAUCUCCCCCAAGUUGUUCUCCACGGCACUAGAAGACGCGAUGCGCCAACUUGGAUGGGACGAAGAGCACGACUGGGAAGACAGUACAGACAUCAGAGGCAUCAACAUCGACGGCAAGGUCCUCACAAACCUCCGCUUCGCCGACGACAUCGUACUCUUCUCAAGCUCCACCACCGAACUUUCCUCUAUGCUGAACGAUCUGGACGAAGUCGGCAAGAAGAUCGGCCUUAAGAUGAACGUCAAGAAGACGCAGUGCAUGAAGAACCGCUUCUGCGACCAAGGCAAAGUCACCCUUGAGGGCCGCGACCUUCAGGAGGUCACAUCCUACAUCUACCUUGGCCGGGAAGUAAACAUGGUGAACGACCUGCAAGCAGAGAUCGGCAGACGCAAACGCGCUGGAUGGGCCGCCUUCAACUCCAUCAAAGAAGUCACCAGUCAGCUGAAAGACCCGAAACUGCGAGCUCACAUCUUCGAAGCGUCGAUAAUCCCUGCCAUCCCCUACGGUACCGAAGUUUGGCCUGACACGAAGAAAAAAAUGCAACCGCCCUACGAACUUCCUACCGCGCACUGGAACGUGCUCUCAUCGGCACCACUCGCUUCGAGCAGUGGAAAAAGAACAGAGGAGCACAGACCUCCGUCAACUAUCCCAAAUCCGGGAUCUAGAAGAGCACAUACAACGCGGGAAACAUCGUUGGGGCGGCCACGUCAUCCGCAGACAAGACGACCGCUGGUCCACGAGAUUAACACACUGGAUUCCGAGAAACAUCAAGCGCCCACUCGGGCGCCCACCGACCAGAUGGACGGACUACUUCCGCAAGAACAUCAGUCAGCCAGGCCGCCACUGGAUGACCGUCGCGCAAGACCGAGCCGCCUGCAGAACGUGUGGUCCACGCUGAGAACAUCAGCGAAGAUGGACCAUCAAAGUAUCAAAGUAAAGUAUUCCUUCCGAUAUCUCUGA